GCUGCAGGAAGCGAACAGCUGCUGCCUUCACUGACGGAGAGUUUCCGGGUUUGCUCCGGUUCCUUCUUUGAUUUGAACCCGGCGGUCUGUGACGUUGAUCAGGUCGCUCACCUGACGCACCUGCUGCCAGAGGACAGGUAAGGCGGCGGCCAUGAUCCCGCUGUGAGGCAGCAGGUGGACAUGGGGAAGGGCUGUAAGGUGGUGGUGUGCGGCCAGGCGGCGGUGGGGAAGACAGCCAUCCUGGAGCAGCUGCUCUAUGGGAACCACUGUGUAGGCUCAGAGUCCAGUGAGACCCAGGAGGACGUGUACGUGGCCUCGGUGGAAACGGACCGAGGCGUGAAGGAGCAGCUGAGGCUUUAUGACACCAAAGGACUGCAGGACAGCCAGGACCUGCCCAAGCACUACUACUCUGUGGCAGACGGCUUCGUUCUGGUCUACAGCGUGGACAGCCUGGAGUCCUUCCAGAGGGUGGACGUCCUGAAGAAGGAGAUCGACAGGUCCAGGGACAAGAAGGAGGUGACCAUCAUCGUCCUGGGCAACAAAAGUGACCUGAGCGAGCUGCGGCAAGUGGAGCAGGAGGCGGCGCAGCAGUGGGCGCGUUCUGAGAAGGUGAAGCUGUGGGAGGUGAGCGUCACGGACCGCGGUUUGCUGCUGGAACCCUUCAUCCAGCUGACCAGCCGCCUCACCCAGCCGCAGAGCAAGUCCGCCUUCCCUCUGCCGGGACGCAAGAGCAAAGGCACCGCCUCCAAUGACAUCUGAGCCAGAACCGAUCGGACCGGAACGCCUGAGGCUGCUCCUCUGCUGCAACAAGAACCAGUGCAAUCUAGAACCCUCCAUUAGGUAGAACCCAAAAUUAGUGGGUAGAACCCGACAUUAGCUGGUAGAACCCGACAUUAGCUGGUAGAACCCGUCAUUAGCUGGUAGAACCCGACAUUAGCUGGUAGAACCCGACAUUAGCUGGUAGAACCCGACAUUAGCUGGUAGAACCCGACAUUAGAGGGUAGAACCCGUCAUUAGCUGGUAGAACCCGACCUUAGCGGGUAGAACCCGACAUUAGCUGGUAGAACCC